CGUGACUGGGUUUCGGAAAGAUCGAAUAACAAAUAGACGAAAAGAUUGUACAUACAAUAAGAUGGAAGAAAGCGACUUGGACGAAGCAACUGCAUCGCAAAGUGAUUUGCAGGAGAAGUUAGAAUUGCUCGAGUCGUCUCUGUUGGUUACUUUCAGAGUCAGAGUGAAGGUCGUUCAUAUCCCUUCCUUCGUAAACAAUACGCAAAGCAUACUUAUAUAUAGAAACGCGCAGAGGUUCAUUUGAACGUUCAUCAGCCCAAUCAAAUGGAACGUACAAAGCAACCAAGCAAGCACGAAGAAACUGGAAUUGCAAGGUUUACACAAGGCGGGAGAGAGAGAGUACCUGUUCCGUACAUUACGGAACUAAAACGACGCUUUGCAAACCAAAGAAAGGAGGAAAAAGAUCCAUUCUACCUGAGUGUGGAUGAUACGACUGAAAACAAACAAGGUCCAUGCCUUUCGUUUAUGACGGAACGGAAACUGGAAAAUCCGAUGUUUGGAAAGACGAAAGUGACAGAACCUUCUUACACUUACAAGACGGAACGUAAACAAAGCUAUUCACACGAGCGGGAUGAGGAAAUAGAUCCAUUUUACCUGAGUGAUUACGAUGCGACUGAGAACAAAAAGAAACUAACAAAUCCGCUGAUUGAAACGACGGAAGAGAGAGAACCUUCUUACUCUUACAAGACGGAACGCAAACAAAGCUUUUCAUACAGGAGGAAGGUGGAAAAAGAUCCAUUUUACCAGAGUGGUUAUGAUACGACUGAAAGCAAAAAGAAACUAACAAAUCCGCUGAUUGAAACGACGAAAGUGAGAGAACCUCCUUACUCUUACAAGACGGAACGAAAACAAAGCUUUUCAUACAGGAGGAAGGUGGAAAUAGAUCCAUUUUACCAGAGUGAUUAUGAUACGACUGAAAGCAAAAAGAAACUAACAAAUCCGCUGAUUGAAACGACGAAAGUGAGAGAACCUCCUUACUCUUACAAGACGGAACGAAAACAAAGCUUUUCAUACAGGAGGAAGGUGGAAAUAGAUCCAUUUUACCAGAGUGAUUAUGAUACGACUGAAAGCAAAAAGAAACUGGAAAAAACGCUGUUUGAAACGACCAAAGUGACAGAACCUUCUUACUCUUACAAGACGGAACGUAAACAAGGUCAUUCACACCCGAGGAAGGAGGAAAAAGAUCCGCUUUACCUGAGUGAUUAUGAAACAACUGAGAGCAAAAAGGCUUCAAAGCAAGGAGCUUUAAUGGUUGCCGCCAUAGACUUUGGGACAACCUACUCUGGUUGGGCGUUUUCAUUCAAACAUGAUUACGAAAGGGAUCCAACCAAAGUUUCUGCAAAAAUAUGGAGUGGAGGCCAGCUAACUUCACAAAAAGGUCCAACGUGUAUUCUGAUCAGACCAGACGGUAAGACAGUUGAAGCGUUCGCGUUUGACGCGGAGACUCGCUACAGCGAAUUGAGCGAGAACGAUGAACACAAGAAAUGGUACUACUUUCGAAGGUUCAAAAUGGCACUUUGGAAAAAGUCCAUUCAUAAAGACACCCUGUUGAAAGACGAAAGUGGUCGAGAGCUCUCAGCAUUGACAGUGUUUUCAUUGUCAAUAAGAUUUAUGAAGGACGAUUUAACAAAGAUUUCUGUAAGUCAAGUAGUUGGAUUGAAACCAGGCGAUAUUCACUGGGUGUUGACUGUGCCUGCUAUAUGGAAUGAUUCAGCAAAACAUUUUAUGAGACUUGCCGCCGAACAGGCCGGGAUGUCAUCGGACAAACUAACCCUUGCAUUAGAACCGGAGGCAGCCUCUCUUUACUGCAGACACUUGCCCGUGCAGAGAGAAGGGGAAUCUAGUCUUUCGUCUUUUCGAGUUGGAAAAAAAUAUUUAGUUUUAGAUGCAGGAGGCGGAACUAUUGAUAUAACGGUCCACGAGGUUUGCGCAGGGGGAAACCUAAAAGAGAUCCACAAGGCGAGUGGCGGUGACUGGGGAGGAACAAAAGUGGAUGUAGCGUUUACGAACUUUCUUGGAGAGCUCACAGAUAAAUCAGUGAUGCCGAGGUUCAAAGAUGAAAAUAUGGAAGAUUAUAUUCAGCUUCUUCGUGACUUUGAAAUAAAAAAGAGAGCCGUAGAUAGCACAAAAGGUGUUAAAACUACAAUUAAAGUACCAAUAUCCUUUUUUGACUGUGUGCAAAAUACAACAGGAAGUUCGAUGAAGGACAUUUUAAAAACAUCCGGUUACGGGAAAAAGAUAACCAUUAAAGGAGAUAAGCUUCGCUUGGAUGCAGAUAUUAUGCCUUCCUUCUUUACCACAUCUUUAUUGAAUACUGUUGAGCAUGUUUCUGAUUUGCUUCAAAAACCGGAAUGUAAAGGCGUUGAAGACAUACUGAUGGUAGGAGGCUAUUCUGAGUCCAUGCUUCUCCAAGACACCAUCAAACAGCAGUUUUCGCAUAUGAAAAUCAUCGUCCCACCGGAUGCGGGGCUUGCUGUCCUUAAGGGUGCAGUGAUUUAUGGGCAUUGUCCGUCGGCAAUUACAGAGCGUGUUUCAAAGUAUACUUACGGUGUAAGUACCACAAAACUAUUUGACGAGGACAAACAUCCAUUGUCUAAACGAGAGGUAUAUUCCAAUGGAGAAAUCCGAUGUGUAGACUUGUGGUCCGUUAUUGUUACAGCUGGCGAUAAGCUUAUCGUCGGAGAAGCCCAGAACGAACAGUCUUUCAGCCCUGUUUUUGAGGAUCAGAAGUCGAUGGAUCUUGCGAUCUUUGUAACAAGUGACAAAGAUCCUAAAUUUACAACAGAUGUUGGUAGCAAACAGGUUGGCUCUGUCAAUGUCCCAUUAUCCGGACGUGGUACUGACAGAUCCGUAGGAGUUCGAAUGAUUUUUGGCGGAACAGAAAUUACUGUUGAAUGUGUGGAAAAAGCAACAGGUAGAAUCACGCAGUUGAAUAUAGACUUUCUGAUGUAAUAAGUAAAAAUAAAAAAACUGUCUUAAGGGCGGAGAACAUUCAUGCCGCUUUGACCGUUUUGAUGUAACUGAUUUUUCGCGUGUUUGAAACCUAUAUGCCGGAAAAUUCAUCCACCAUACUCGAAAUAUAUAAUUAAGAUAUAAUAUCAAAGUGUUUUGAUACUUUAUAAGAAGCAUCCUGUAAGGGUGAGCAUGCCCAUGUUAUCAUGCCGCUCCAAUGUUGUUGUUUUUUUUUCAAGGAGGUAUUGAAAAUUGAUUAAAAAUAAUGUUUGUUUUUAUAACGUGUCUUGAUACGUUAGCUCUCACCCUCUUACUAUUCUUAUUCGAUCAAACUGUUAAGUUUCCUUAUUAAGUGGAUAUGCGAGUAUUUUCGUUCUGCUCAAAUGAUUUUAGGAAGGUAAUCAAUUAGACUUGUUCAAUGCCAUGCAAGAUCCAUAUUAUAACCAGCACAUUCAACGACUUGUGCAGCGUGUAUACCAUUCGCAUAUUGGCAAAGAGUUAACAUCAUGUGAUUAUUCAUAAUUCUAUUUUAAUUUCAUUUCCGUACAACCUUUACCGUCUCCCACGGACAAAGCAUUAUCACUUAAGACAUAGACAAUUACAAUUCAAAACUAAUUUACAGAAUCUACCGUUUCGACACCAAAGGAAGUAAAAUAAGUUGAUCUACUUUACUUAGGUAUAUGAAACAUGAAUUAUUUGAAUUAUUUUAAGAUUGUGUAGACGUUUGCAGAGACAUAUUGGUACAUGCAAUAUCAAAUCAUAUACCUUAUAGCACAAUAUAUGUCGGUUGGUAUUCAUUUUAUCAUUAAAGAUGAAUUAAAUUCGGGUGAUUAUUUUUACAAAUAAGCUGUUGCUAUAGACAUUCUUUUAGAAAAUGAGAUGUUGUUUCAUUUCAAUUUCAACGCAAUAGAUGGGGCAUUUUGUUCUCGAAAGUUUACUGAAUUUUUACUUCACAUGCAUUGAAGGAUGCAUAGUCAAAAUAACCAUCUAUUGGCCCGAGUAUAAACCUUUCCGAUACAAUGUGGUGUACUUGGCGACUAGCUUACCAUUAGGCACGGAUAACACUUUGAAUUAAAAGGUGAACACUUUGUGUCAAAAUAUUACUUGUUUACUCUUCACAGUGUGCAUGCAUUAAAAGAUUUUUAAAUGUUUGGCAUACAAGUUCACCAAUAUAAGUCCGCAUGAAAAUUAUAUUUAAGGUGAGAGUUAUGGAGGACAUUGGUUUGCAUUUGACAUGUGCGUCAAUAAAAACUGUCUGAAGAUAUGUAUGCGUUUAUUUUAGAAAAUGUUAAGACGAUUGGUUAUAAAUCAAAAAUGUAUUAUCUAACAAGCUCACCCGAUGUUUGCAAGUUCAAAUGGCUAGCAUAUUGCCACUACAAAAUUGCAAAAAAAAAUCACAUUUUAUAGGGACUAUUUAUUGUUUUCCACUGCUUUAUAAACACAAAGAUAAGGCCAUAUUGCUAUACAUAUGUAAUGUAUGUGUGUCUUUUGAAUUAUUAUUGCAAUGUGUGAUGUUUGUGUUGAUGUAUGCAUAUCGGUUCGUCCUUCAACCAUCCUUUUGUUUGUAUAGAAACGAUACGGCAUGCAAUAAACUAAUGUGAAUACUC